ACAGUGACAGAUACAUUUGCCUUUUUUUAAAUUAUGUUUGGAUUAGUGUAAUUUCGUAUUAUAAAAUGGUGAUUAAAGUGUUAAUUUCGUUGGUUUUACUUUCUUUUGGAAGUUGCUCCAUCAUCAUACCCGAGGAGCUGCCAUCAUUACUGUCCGUGGCCUACUCGAAUAUACCUCCCAUUAAAAAAGGAACGGAUUCCCGUGUCGGUUUCGGCUUCGCGUUCGGUAACCAUGCCGAUUUUCAAGUUAUGUUCGAGUUGGGACCGCAGACAAACACGUUACCUUUGAAUGGCCAAGGUUUUCCUACAAAUGCUAAGCGUCAAGCUGCAUACCCAGUCGAAAAAGUCAAUAAGAAUAGAGAAAAGUUCUUACAAACUGAGGCCGGUAAAUAUUUACAAAAUUGGGCGCAGAAGAUGAAAAAUCCAAAACCUGUUAAGAAACCAGUAAAAACAGAAACACCCAACUUAGAAGAGUCCAUGGUGGAAUUGGUGAAAAACGAUAAAGGCCAGUACGAAAUACACCAGCCACAUCCGGAAAAUCUGUCAAAAACAGCAAUGAACAGUUUGAAAAAACUGUACGGAGAGAAAGAAAAUUCCACAGAACAAACGGAGGCGAAGAAUAAUAAGAGAAGUAAAGAAGAAGUUCGGAAGAUAACGGAAGAUCUAUCGAAUGUUGAUUUAGAAUAAAUGUGUGGUGGAAAUUUG